AUGAGGGCCAUUAAACUCCAAAUCAACAAGAAGCAGGAUAUGAAAAUUAUUCAGGUAUAUGAUCCAACUUCAUGUCUUGAAGAUAGUGUAGUGGAGGAGUUUUACUCUGAUCUAGAAAUGCUUUUGACAACAGAAAAAACAACAUAUACUAUAAUUAUUGGAGAUUUUAAUGCAAAAAUUGGCAAAAAUAAUGUGAUUGAAGAAGUAGGAAAAUUUGGCAUUGGAGAAAGAAAUGAAAGAGGGGAGAGACUACUAGAAUUUGUUGCAAGCAGAAACCUGUUUAUCAGAAACACAUUCUUUAAGAAGAAUGAUAGAUACUGGACUUGGGAAAGCCCUAAUGCUGCAACACACAAUCUUAUUGACUACGUCAUUUCCAACAAGAGAAGUAUUUUAAUGGAUGUUGCAGUAAUACCAAAAGUAGACACAGGUAGCGAUCACAGGUUGGUCAGAGCAAAAAUCAGAAUAGACAAGAAGAUGGAAAGAGCUAGAUGCAUGAAAAGAGUAAAGAAAAAGAGCAUAAACUUAGAUAAACUGGAAAGUAGGAAAUUAGAGUUUCAUAUUGCGCUUCAAAACAGAUAUGCAAUAUUGGAGGAUGCAGUAGAACUGACAUCGAUGGAUGAAGCAUAUGAGAAAGUUGUAAAGACAAUAUUAGAAGAGGCGGAAAAAUUAGCAAAUGGUAAACAGAUUGUUACAAUAGAGGAAGAUGAUAGAAAAGAAAUCAGCGAGUUAAAUGACAAAAGAAAAAAGUUGAAACCAGGUGGAAUAUACCGAAUUGAACAAAACGAUACGAAAGAUAAGGAAGAGAAAGAAGAGAGUACAUAG